AACGGGGACAGGUACUUCAAGGGCUUGGUGUACGCCAUCUCCACCGAUCGCUUCCGCUCCUUCGAUGCCCUCUUGGUCGAGCUCACCCGGUCCUUGUCGGAUAACGUGAACCUGCCCCAGGGGGUCCGCACCAUCUACACCAUCGAUGGCAGCAAGAAGCUCACCAGCCUGGAUGAGCUGGUGGAAGGUGAAAGUUAUGUAUGUGCAUCAAAUGAACCGUAUCGCAAAGUUGAUUACACCAAGAAUGUCAAUCCAAACUGGUGUGUGAACAUAAGGACUGGGUCCACUCGAUCCUUGACAUCUUUGGCAUCCACAAAGAGUGAAGUGAAAGAGAGUAAAGAUUUCAUUAAACCCAAAUUAGUGACAGUUAUUAGGAGUGGAGUAAAACCACGGAAAGCUGUGAGAAUUCUGCUGAAUAAGAAGACUGCGCACUCCUUCGAACAGGUCUUGACUGACAUCACGGAAGCCAUUAAGUUAGACUCGGGUGUAGUCAAGAGACUCUGUACACUGGAUGGAAAGCAGGUGACAUGCUUGCAGGACUUCUUUGGAGAUGAUGAUGUCUUCAUUGCGUGUGGACCUGAGAAAUACCGGUACGCUCAGGAUGACUUCGUGUUGGAUCACAGUGAAUGCCGCGUUAUGAAGUCCUCUUAUUCCCGAUCAUCUGGCAUGAGGCAUUCUGGGUCCAAAAGUCCAGGACCUUCACGUCGAAGCAAAUCACCUGCCUCAGUAAAGAGGGGUGGCCACUACUCCAGUGCUCAUUCUUCAGCAAAAUCCCCAGUUAAUGGAACCCCAAGCAGUCAGUUAUCCACCCCAAAAUCUACCAAGUCCUCCAGUUCUUCACCAACAAGCCCAGGCAGCUUUCGUGGACUGAAG